CUGAGCAAGGUGUUUUCACGCUAACAUGAGCGCUUGACAUGAGCGCGCGGAGAGCAGAGGUCCGAGCUCAGAGCUCAGAGUGCAGGCGGACCGAGGAGAAAGACACGCUCAGUUCAUCUAUAGGAGGAUGGAGGUGGAGAACCGACCCAACGGAUUUGACUUCUCCAAACGGGACAAAUUACUGAGCGCCGGUUUUUAUGAGGAGAACUCCCUUCAGGACGACACGGAGGAUGGUGGUGAGCGUUGGUGUCUGAUCUGCGGUGACCGGGCGUCUGGGCUGCACUAUGGCAUCAUUUCCUGUGAGGGCUGUAAGGGCUUCUUCAAACGCAGUAUCUGCAACAAGCGCAUCUACCGCUGCAACAGAGACAAGAACUGCCAGAUGUCCCGCAAGCAACGCAACCGCUGUCAGUACUGUAGACUGCAGAAAUGCCUUCAGAUGGGAAUGAACCGCAAGGCUAUCAGAGAGGACGGGAUGCCAGGAGGGAGGAAUAAAAUGAUUGGACCUGUACAGACACAAAUCCGUUCUGUGGAUGUGAGCACAUACCCUGUGUCCUGUAGAGAUCAGUGCAGCAGUCCUCAGCUAACACACUCUUUCCUGUUGUGUAAAUAUCCUGUACCACCCUCUACUGGCCGCAGGCUGAAGACGCAGUCACACACACUGACAGCCCAGCUGCUGGCUGCUGAAGACCUCACACCUCUCGCUACACCCAUGCUCAUAGAAGAGGGUUUCUUGUUCUCUCUCUGCAGCCGUUCUGUGGAUGUGAGCACAUACCCUGUGUCCUGUAGAGAUCAGUGCAGCAGUCCUCAGCUAACACACUCUUUCCUGUUGUGUAAAUAUCCUGUACCACCCUCUACUGGCCGCAGGCUGAAGACGCAGUCACACACACUGACAGCCCAGCUGCUGGCUGCUGAAGACCUCACACCUCUCGCUACACCCAUGCUCAUAGAAGAGGGGUAUAACGUGACGCAGUCGGAGCUGUUGGCUCUGCUGUGCCAUAUAGCUGAUGAGCUGUUAUUCAGACAGAUUGUCUGGCUGAAGCGUUUACCCUUCUACGGCGAUCUGUCCAUCAAAGACUGCACCCGUUUACUGGGGGCUUCCUGGCAUCAGCUCAUCCUGCUCUCCUCGCUCACGGUGCACAGCGGACAGAUACUGGGAGAACUGGCCAACAUCACACACCAGUACACACCGUCCAACCUGACACUACAGGGGUUUGGUGAGGAUGCUAUGGAGGUCAUGGAGAGUUUAAAUUUUCUCUUCCGUAAGUUUCAUCAACUAAAUAUCAGCAAUGAGGAGUACAGCUGCUUAAAGACCAUCACUCUGCUCAAUCAAGGUAACACACAGAUAUGCAACACAUCCACGCUGGAACAGUUAAGUGAACGUUACUGGUCCGUGUGUCGUGACCUGACAGAACGACUCCACCCUCGCCGACCCAAACGCUUCUCUGAAAUCAUCACCUGCCUUUCUGAAAUACGCUACACCUCAGGUAAGAUGAUGGCCAUUCCACUGGAGCAGCUCCCUCUGCUGUUUAAGGCGGUACUGUACUCCUGCACAACCAAUCAAAACCCCUGGCUAACCUGCAGCUCCACCUCCAAGACAUAGGCCACGCCUUCAACUAGCUGUUUUUAUUUUUUUCCCCUAAUGUAUUUAUUACAUGACAAAGUUGAAUGUAAAACUCUUGACAGAUUUGUAUGUGAUUUCGAAAUAGCGAUCUAUCAAGAUGCCUGCAAAGAAUACCUCAGGAGCUUGACUUUUGAAGGAAAAAACUCUUUGACCAUUGUGUUAAUGAUCAAAAUGAAAAGAAAAACCAGAAAUGAACACACUGCAAUCCAUUGUUGAAUUAUGCAGCCUCUAGCUAUGAUAUGAAAUGUCCUUGUGUUGCAGGAUGUCACUGAUAAAAUAUGCCUGAUAAAAUAGUGAAGAUGCCAAGGUGCUGAAUUUCAUUCAAAAAACAAUGUUUCUUAUUGAGAUGAUAGCUACAUUUGAGCUAUAGGGAUUUAAAUAGUCAAAAUGAUCAUCCGCAGCUCACAAGUUUGAGUACCAAAGCUGAGUGUGCCACAAUAUACGUGCUGUUGACCAAUAGUUUUUCAGGAUGGAGACUUUACAUUUGAGCCAGUCGCCGGGGUAACGAAAUGCAAUAUGCACACUCUUUAUCCCAGGUGUGUGUGUGUGUGUGUGUGAUUUCCUCUCACAUGUGUCUUCAAGGAAGUGUGAAUGUUCGAACAGGGUUUAUGUGUUUGUAUUUUGCCGUAGUUGUAGUUUUGUUGGAAAUGUUAUUCCUCCUUUUAAUGUUUUGUUCA